GUUGCCUUCAGGAUCCAGUGUGUGUGUUGCCUUCAGGAUCCAGUGUGUGUGUGUGUGUUGCCUUCAGGAUCCAGUGUAUCCAGGCGUUAUACUGUUAUAACUGACCACAACAUGGGACUGCUGUCUGACCCAAACAGAAGACGGGCUUUGACCAGCCUGUUAACUCGACUCAAUGCCCCAAUCUGUGUGGUCUGCUACAUGGCGGGUGUGGCCUGGUUCAUGGGUUUGGCCUUUGAGCCGUUCACCCUGCGGACAUACAUGUCAGAGAAUGCCAUGGGCUCGACCAUGGUGGAGGAGCGCUUUCCAUCAGGGGAGAGGGCGCUGGCCACGGGCAGAGAGUUCUCCGCUCAUAAGAAGAAAGCAGGUGGAAUGCCAGUGGAUUGGCUGGUGAAGACCAUGAAGGAUCGAGGCCUGGAGGUGUUUACCCAGCGUUUCUCUCGCACUCUGCCCUUCCCCGAUGAAAACAAAGAGAGAUAUAUGGUAAAAGGCACAAAUGUAUAUGGGAUCCUUCGGGCCCCCAGAGCUCCACGGACUGAAGCCCUGGUACUCAGUGCCCCGUGCACCCCAGGCGAUAACAACAACCAGGCAGUGGGGCUGCUACUGGGCCUGGCACAAUACUUCAGGAAUCAGGUUUACUGGGCCAAGGACAUCAUCUUCCUUGUUAAUGAGCAUGAUCUGAUUGGUAUGCAAGCCUGGCUGGAAGCUUACCACCACACCAAUACUACAGGUAUGGAUUGGUCCCCACUUCAAGGCCGGGGUGGUUCAAUUCAGGCAGCUCUGUCCCUUGAGCUCAGCAGUGAUGUCAUCACCAGCUUGGACCUGGUACUGGAAGGACUGAACGGCCAGCUUCCCAACCUUGAUUUAGCCAAUCUCUUUUAUGCCUUCUGCCAGAAGAUAGGAGUCCUCUGCACCAUCCAGGGCAAGCUGCAGAGGAAUGACUGGGACAGCAUUUCGGGCUACAGUCAUUCAGUGCAGACGAUGAUGUUGAUGGUGAUGAAGCAGGCCAGUGGGCGGCCUUGGGGGGAUCAUGGCCUCUUCCUGCGAUACCACAUCGAGGCUGCCACCAUCAAGGGCAUCAACAGCUUCCGUCAGUACAAAACUGACGCCACCACCAUUGGAAGGCUCCUUGAAGGAAUGUAUCGUAAGCUGAAUAACCUCUUGGAGCGCUUGCACCAGUCCUACUUCUUCUACCUUAUGCCGUCCCUCUCUCACUUUGUCUCCAUCGGUUACUAUAUGCCAGCUUUCGGCCUGCUCGCUGUUAUUCUGCUGCUUCGUGCCUUAGAUCUGUGGGUGCAGUUUUCGACUUCUCCACCUAGAACAGAAGAUGGGAUCGCUGACACUGAGCAGAUGUCCAAUCCAGGUGUGCUGUCGGUGUUGACUCCUCUGGUGAUCAGCCAUCUGACAGGUGUAGCUCUGUACGCACUGCCCAUCCGCUUUCAGGAGAUGGCUGUGGAACACUUCCCGGUGUCAGAGACCGAGGCUGUGGUCCUGACAGCUAUUGCUGUGUACACUGCAGGACUCGCGUUGCCACACAACACACACAGGCUCUUGUCAGGUGAGGGGACGGAGCAGGGCUGGAAAAUCCUCAAGCUGGUCGCUGUGUUGUACCUUGCCGUUCUGCUGGGAUGCACCGCCCUCAUCAACUUCUCCCUCGGCUUCAUCCUGGCGCUCAACCUGGUGCCCAUAGCUGCCUUCAUCACACCCCACGUACCAAAGGUCCUUUCUGCCUUCAUUCUGGUCAUCCUCAGCCCGGCCUGCACGCUCCUCUUCUGCGUCUUUUUCUACCAAGAGCUGGUGGAGUUGCCCGUCAGCUUCCAGGACGGAUGGGUGCUCUACCUGUCAGUCAUCUCUCAGGGCAUCUUAGACCAUGUGCUGUACGGCUCUCUGGUUUACCCUCUCAUAGCCCUGCUGGUCUAUCCCUGCUGGCUGCUUUUCUGGAACAUUCUCUUCUGGAAGUAAAUGUCAGUCACACAGGACAACUGAAGGCUUUCAUCGGAAGAGAAAAAAAAAAAACCCUCUGGUUUGUCUUGGAGAAAUGUGAAUGACAGACAAGUUAAAUCUACUGGAGAUGUUGGACAAUAACAAGAAUACAUGUAGUUGUCCUGGAAGGAAUGCCGUGACUCCCUUAUUUUAGACAUUUUGUUUCAGUUCAUCUCAAAACAUUGGGAAAAUUCUGGUUCCUGACACACUAAGCAGAACGGACAAUAUGUGCGGAAGCUAAGAAUAACCAUGCUUGCAUUUGACAAAAAUGACAAAAAUUGCUUCUAUAUAAUGGGUUGAUUAUCUUGUUAUAUCAAGAUAAAAAAAAACAAAUUAACUCAUGAUCUUGAGUUGAAGGCAAACAGCAGUUCUCUGCUUCCAUAGUUUUGUACUCCAGAUCUCACUUCCAAACAGUUAAGAAUUCGAGGGAUGUUUUAUAAGUAAAUAUUAAUAUAAAGGUUGGGUUGCUUUUGGUUCAAGGAUUUAUUUAUGAAUGUCUUUGUGGUACAUGAAGAACAAGACUGCACUGUUUAGUUUAUUUCUCAUCUUUUUGUUUGUCCUUGGUAGGUGACGGAUGACAUGGCUGCUGAAUGGAUGAAACUCUCUGCUUUGUUUUGUCGUCUGCAGUUAUGUCUGUAAAACUGCACCUUUUGAACAAGCCAUCACUACCGUUCAUAUUUUUAUACUUGUUUUGAUAACUUUCUUUGAAAUGUGUUCACGUCAUAUUUAUAAAUGCCAAAAUAAAAAGUCAAACAAGA